AUGAACUUGUUUUUAUUCUGUCUUUUGGUCGUGCAAAUGCACAGCGGGGCGCCUGUGAUUCACACGCUGAAGUAUUUCUACACUUCGUCCUCUCAAGUUCCAAACUUCCCAGAGUUUGUGAUGGUUGGUUAUGUUGAUGAAGUCCAGGUGGUUCACUAUGACAGCGAGAGCAGGAAAGCAGAAGCCAAACAGGACUGGAUGAACCAAAUCACAGAAGAGGAUCCAAACUACUGGCAGACACAAACAGAGAUCUGUGUUGUUGCUGAGCAAGUCUACAAAGUCAGCAUUGAAAAUCUUAAGAAGCGUUUCAACCAAACUGGAGGUGUUCACAUUGUCCAGAGGAUGUAUGGAUGUGAAUGGAAUGAUGAGACUGAUGAAGUUAAAGGUUGGCAUCAGCAAGGUUAUGAUGGAGAAGAUUUCAUAUCGUUGGACAUGAAGACAUGGACAUGGACUGCAGCAAAACAACAAGCUUUCCCCUCCAAACUCAAGUGGGACCAGGACACACAUCUAAUAAACAACCAAAAGUAUUACUUCACUGAGGAUUGUCCUUCUUACUUGAAGAAGUAUGUGGAGUAUGGCAAGGAGGUCCUAAUGAGAACAGAGCUUCCAGAGGUGUUCCUCCUCCAGAAGACGCCGUCCUCUCCGGUCACCUGCAUGGCGACAGGUUUCUACCCCGACCUAGCCGACCUGUUUUGGAGGAAAGACGGCGAGCAGAUGUUCGAGGACGUGGAGCACGGAGAGCUGCUCCCCAACCACGACGGAACCUUCCAGAUGUCGGUGGAGCUGAAAGUGGAGGUGACGGCCGACGUGGAGGGCAAGUACGAAUGUGUGUUCCAGCUGUCUGGCGUCGAGGAGGACUUGGUCACCAAGCUGGAGAGAAGAAGCAUCCUGAGCAACGCAAGCCAUGAAGACCACUGGAGCGUCGCCAUCGGUGCCACGGCGGCGGUCGUGGCUGUGGCGGCCCUCCUGGCGGCCAUCUUCCUCGUCAGGCGACACAGACAUGAUCCACAGAGACAGAGCACCCACUCUCACAUAGAAACACAGCGUGGCGUGAGGAAAAAGUCCAUUUCACCUUUUGUUUCUCUGUCAUUUCAGCCCAAUACGAUCCAGCUCCUCGCCACGGCGGGGCCGAGCUCCCCGAGAACAUGCCGGCUGAAGGCUGAGUGGGACGCGUUUAGUGCAGGCAAUCAGUCUUGGAUCAGUUGUCCUUUUGUCGGGAGAUUCCAAGCGUGGGAUGUGACUGUGGUGCAAUAUGUGGAUCACAAAGAGGCAAAACUAAUGUCGCACAUCAACGCCACUUUCUCCGUGCACACGUGUACGCCGUCGCCAGGCUCUGCCGUGUGCCGCAGUCCGGAGACCCACGCCGUGAUCCACGCGAUAGAGCAUACAUCUGUUGGCUUCAACGUGACUGACGCUCACUCUUGUUUUUAUGUGAGGAGAAUGGAUGUGAAAUAUGCUCCCACAAUCGUUCACUGUCUCACCGAGAGACGCAGUGAGCCAUCGUCUCUCCUCGUCACGCCAGCCAAUCAGAAGUUGAUCAGAGUCGUCGUCGUCCCGGUCGGCCUUUUCGUCUGCGUUGUCAUCGUUGUCACCUUCUUGCUGCAUGUCCUGCUGACUGUUCAUCAGAGGAGAAAAGAUACCGAAAAAGCAACAAAAUUGACCUCUUAUUUGUGACGUCUCACAACACGAAGACCGACUGACCUUUCACCUUUUGUCCGUGUCAGGUGCUUUUAAACACUAAUAAAUAUUUCUAAAACCGAUUUUCUUAGCUUUGUCAGUAGCGAUCCAAAC